AUGCACAUCUUCCGUAAACCCUGGUACGCGGUUGAGACUACGGUUCGUCAUACAAUUGUGGAAUCAUGCGGUAUCACGGUGCGGACGGCCAGUUCGACAACAGACAAGCAAUCAGUAGCGACAGGAGGUCUUGUAGGUCGGCGGCACGAACCUGACGAAGGACAGGAGAUACACGACGCUGGAGAGGUCCAGGAGCUGCACGGAGGACGUCGUGUGGUUGGUUGCGGGCCUGGAGAGUGGAACGGUGGCGCGAGCACAAUUCUGGAACGCGUGACUGGUGGCUUCGGAGAUGGGGGACACGAACGGAAACACGGAGGAUCGACGGCUGACGGGCGAUUGGGCGGACUGGGACUGGGCUUGGCUACGGUAGCAGGACUGCGUCAGGAACAACUCACUGGGGAGUUCGACCUGGAGGUGCGGCCUCGUGUAGGAAGACCUACGUGUGGUUGGCGGGCUUGA